AUGCUAGCAAAGAGCAUAUGCAACUGGAUGAUUUCAACCUAUCUGCGUCCAGUUCUGUAUCACCUUGGAGCCAGAUUCUGUCUCCCUGUGGCUUUGCGGCUCGACCGCAGUGCUGAGACCGACGGGAGCGUCGAGACUGGCGAGGUUUUCAAGCUUGCUUUCGGAAGAUCCAGAUCAUCCAGAUCCCUUCCAAGAGUCUCCACGUCUCCCGGCGGCGAGCGGACCGCGGACUGGACGAUGCCGGCCCAGGAGGAAGCGAUCUCCUUCCACCGGGUCCUGGUUGUACCUGUGUCUGUAUCGGAGGAUGGUGCAGCAUCGGUCGUACUCAUGCUGGUGCUUCAGUACGUUUGCGACCCUGUUUCGUCGGCAUCUCAGGACUCGGUCGAUGAGAAUGAUCAAGAGGAUCGCAAUACGGAUCGCGUGCACAUCAACAACGACGCAGACGUGGAGGCGCAGAAGUCUUCGGCAGAUUUGACUCCUGGUUUUGACUCAACGCUGUGGUCGGGUCUCAUGAGGCCCCUGCCGCAUUACGACGUGAACUACACCGUGAGGCCGUUGGAACUUGCUUGGCCCAACUUGGUGCGGACGGGUGCUGCUGCAGAGGCGCCGCGGGCAGCAAGGCUGCGGUUGGACCAGCACUUUGCGGAGGUGUCGCAGCAGCUCAGCUUGGAGGUGCCGGGGGUCAUUGCAGGACUGCCUCAUGUGGCUGAAGCUGCUCCUCCUGCCCACGGCUUUGGGCCUUUGGGGGAGUUGUGGGGCGAGUUGCCGAAGCCCUUGGACUUGCAGUCCGGCAGGUCCGCCCUGGAUGUCUGGCACCGACCGGGCUGGAUGCUGCGGCAGCCCAGGGUGACGCUGCAACUGACCCUGCGGCGGCCGCAAGGGGCGAAGGAGCCGACGGCGGCGGAGGUGGUGACGACCGAGAUGGGCUUGCGAAUUCUCAACGAGUUGAUGUCGAUCCGCUUGGCGAAGUUGGUGGAUUUGGGAACCACCUGGAAGAUUGAGACAGGGCCAUCGAGUUUUUCGAUCCAUCUGAGCAGCUUCGUCGGCCAUGCCAAGGGGCACUUCUCUCAGGUGCUGGAGCAGCUGACGCAGCCAGAGGAAGAGGCCGGUGAUGGCGCUCUGAAGCGCUUGCGGCGCUUGCGACGGGAGCUGAACAUGGAAUUCGAAGACCAGAGCGAGGCGGUCUUGAGCGCCGCGGCCCGCGAGCGCGCCAUCCUCUUGACGCCAAAGAGCUUUGGGCGUCCAGAGCUGCUGGAGGCUCUAGGCGCCGAGAACACUAGCACCUCCAGGGCGCUGGCCGCGGUGCUGGUACGACGCUCUGGCCAUCUGGCGGUCACCGGCCUAAUCAUGGGAAAUGCUUCGAAGGAGGAGGCCAAGGAGCUUCAGGCUCAUCUGCUUCAACAGCUGGGACUCGGCACGCAGGUCCAGGUCCUCGCCGCCAACCGCAGCGAGCGGGUGGAGCGUGUGGUGCGUGUACGAGGGCUGGUGGAGCUGCGAGCCAGGAAUCCUCGAGGUGACCAUUCACAUGCCAUGCUCAUGACGCUGCUGGCUGGCGCCGUGAGCCUCAAGCAGCGGGUGCUCUUGGCUUUGGUCUCGGAGGUGCUGAACCAAGUGGCCUUUGCGGUCCUCCGCACUCAGCUGCAGUUGGGCUAUGUGGUGGGUGCCUCCGUCUCAUCAAUCUCCAAUGUCCUCACGGUCACUUGUUACGUGCAAAGUGAAGUAGCCACGCCGGACGUAGCAGAGGAGCACUGUGAGAAGGUUCUGGCCGGUGAUGUCGUGGAAGCACUCGAGGCUCUCAGCGCCGCCGACUUCGCCAGCAUCAAGGAGUCCUUUCGUUUGCAACUCCUUCAACCUCCACUGUCGACCGGCGAUGAGAUGGAGCGCUUUUGGGGGCCCAUUGCGUUGGGCCGUUGCUCCAACAGCAGCGAAGAGAUGCUCCAGUAUCUCCAGACCGUGCAGCCCAGCGAUGUGGCCACUGCCUGGAGCUCCGUGGUGAUGCCACAGAAGGUGCGAGAGAAGGUGGUCAUCAAGCUCUUCGGCACCGGGGUCAACAUCACAGAGCGUCCAGAGACGAAGGUCCAGCUGCCCGCGGCGCUCCACGCGCGCCUCGCCCGGGAGCGUGCGAACGCCACGGUGCUGCUUGGGGCUGCCAGCACCAAGCAGCGGCAAGCCUUGCUGUCCGGUGGUGCAGGCUUCUAUCCACAGAGGCUCAGCUGCAGUGUGGCGGAUCCCGAGGAGUCCUCAGAUGAGGAGGCUGACGAGGCCGACAGGGCAAAAGUCCUUCAGAGGAAGAGAAAAGGCGCCGUGGAGCGAUGCUUAGAGAACUUCUUUGAGAAAGUGGGACGGGCCGUUGGCACGCACCCGAUCAAGAGCCUGGUUGGAAGCAUCAUUUUCACCAUCGCGUGCGGCGGUGGCUUCGCCUUCUUGACCACUGAGUCGCGCCCCGAGAAGCAGUGGGUCCCUGCAGGAUCUUUGGCGUUAGAGCACAAUGACUAUGUGUCGAACACUUGGCCGGGCAACGCCCGCUUCAAUUUCUUCUCGGCCACCUGCGCAGAUGUGGACGAAGCCAACUGUAACAUUAUGGAUCCCAAGUACAUUCAGCGCUUCCAUGAGAUCAACGAGGCAGUGAAAGACAUCGUGAUCGAUGGCGACCAAUUGGUGAAGGACUUGGAUGAAGAUCACAAGAGGUCUGAAGGAGACAACCGACCCUGGACCAUCUACGCGGGCAACUGGAGCUUCAGCGGCGAUCCGCAGAGCGUGAAUGGCUCCGUGGUCUUUAAUGGCCGCAAAUGCUUCAGCUUCGGCCCCUUCUGUGCUCAAUCCAGCUUGUUGGAUGUGUUCCGGGGCGAUGAUUAUGUCAUCUCCAACUUGAACAGCACCCAGGUGAAGUUGGCGGUCAACAGCUGGGAGAACCAAGAGACUAUGUGCCCGCUCACCUUGGCCACCAGCGACUCCCCAUGCUACAACAGCAAUUGCCAAAAGUACAAGACCCAACAAGAACGACAGGAUUGCCGAGUUGCCGCCACGAGCUACUGCCAGACAAAGUGCCCCACCAUGACGAUGAUGGUGAACGGCGAGGAAGUGACCAUCCCAGUGGACAUGGCGACUUGCCAGGAUCGCGGCUGCAUCCAGCUGGGAUCCCUGAGCUCCAUCAGCACCACGACGGCCAGCGGGAUGCUGAACACGGAUCCAGGUGAAGCACCUGAGAGCGCCUUCGAGUUUCAGCCGACGAAGAUUAAGACCAUGGUGGGAGGAUUGGUGUCGGACAGCACCUGGGAAUAUGCGGGUGGCAAGCACAUCGCUGGCUUUUGGGCCUUGAACAAGCAGGAGCUCUAUUGCCCGACGGCCGGUGUCAACGACCCUGUGGCGGAUGAGUGGGAACGCCGUGCGCUGUGCUUGAUGGGCAUCGAUGCGGACUCCCGGGCGAAGCCGAAGCUGGACUGUCAGGAGGACGGCAUCCUCAAGUUCUCCGGCCUCUUCCAGCGGUCGCUGGGCGACGAGUUCGGCAACGCCAUCCGCGGAGAUAUCUCCAAGCUGACGGCCUCCUAUGGCGUGAUCAUCGUGUACUGCGCCUUCAUGCUGGGCAAGUGCGACGCGGUGCACAGCGGCGCCGCCAUGGCCUUCGUGGCGGUGGGCAUCGUCGGACUGACGAUCGCCUCCACCUUGGGAUUGAUGGGCUACUUCCAGGUGCCCAACGGUAACUUGAACAACAACCUCUACUUCCUGCUCUUGGGCUUGGGUGUGGAUGAUGCUUUCGUGUUGACCAGCGAGUACUUGACUCACAAACGCAACUCCCAGGCGGAGCUCAGUGUGCCGGAGCUCAUCGCGAGGACCGCCCGCACCGGUGGCAUCUCGGUGCUGAUCACCUCUGCCACAGACGCCUUGGCCUUCCUCGUGGGCGCCACCACGGUGCUCCCAGCACUCAGCUGGUUCUGCACCUACGCAGGUGUCUCGAUUGUCCUUUGCUACACCUUCCAGCUGACCGUCUUCUUGCCCUGCCUGGCCUUGAACGCCCGACGUACCGCCUCCAACCGCGUGGACUGCUGCUGCUGCUUCAAGGUCAAGGAGCGAGAAUUGGAAGAUCCCCAGGGCUGCUGCUGCUGUUGCUUGCCCAAGUCCGCCUUCAAGGGUGGCGUCCUGAAGAAAGGCCUGAGGAAGUUCACGGAGCACACCACCAAGCCAGUGGGACAGGUCUUGACCUUGAUCAUCUUCGCCAUCAUCACCGGGGUCGGCAUCUUUGGUACCACCAAGAUCUACAAGGACUUCAAGUUGGAGUGGUUCAUCCCAGACUCCUCCUACGUGAACACGUUCUUCGUGAUCAACCGAGACAACUUCGCCACAGGCACACCGAUCACGGUGAACUUCCCAGCCUCGCCGGAUGCCUUUGAGAUGCAGAGCAACCUCCAUGACGUCUAUGGAUAUCUGAACAGCAGCAGCCUCAUCAACCCUGAUGUGACUGUGGACAGCUGGUAUCAGGAGUUCAUGGAAUGGGCGACUGAGCCCAACCAGGCCGCAACUGCCAGCGAUAGCUUCACCCCCUCGCGCACGGCGGCCAAUGCGGUCUUCACGAACAAGAACCAAUUCUACACGGCCUUGCACUUGUGGUACCGCACCACUGUGGGUUCGCGCUAUCGGAAUUCCCUGCGGUGGAAUGACAAGGACUGCGAAGUGGAGAGCAGCAUGGACAACGUCCCCGCUGCUUGCACUGUGACGGAUGGGAUCAUGGCGAGCCGCUUCAAUGCGGAGCUUUCCUUGGCAGCCACUGACAGGGGCACCGACCGCUAUGACACCAUGACCAGCAUGAGGAACGAGAUUGCCGCGCGUCACACUGGCGCUUUUCCCUACAGCUUUGACUUCCUCUACUGGGAAGAGGUGGGCAUCAUCGAUGUGGAGCUCAUCAAGAACUUGGCGAUUUGCGGUGCGGUGAUCUUGGUGGUGAUCUUCGCGCUGGUGCCCAACCCUCGCAUCGCCAUUUGGGUGGUGCUGUGCGUGUGCUUGUCCAUUGUGGACACUUUGGGCUAUAUGUACUUCUGGGAUGUCACCAUCAGUGGCGUUUCCACGCGUCCUGGCGCACUGGGCACCGGAUGGGAACCGGAUGGGGUGAGGAUCUACGUGCUGAUUUGCGUUGGCCUGGCAGUGGACUACGCUGCGCACAUUGCUCACAUGUUCAAGGACGGCAUGAUCGACUUCCACCCGCCUGCCGCUCCCGGCGCUGGCGUGCCGGAGCCUGCGAAUCCAACAGUUUGGGGCGUGGAGUCGGGCCAGGAGUCCACGGGGACGCCCCGGGAGCGCGCGAUCAAUGCGGUGGACCGCAUCGGCGUUUGCACCUUCAACGCAGUGCUCUCCACCUUGCUGGCCGUGGUGGUGGUCGGCUUCUCGGAGAGCUACGUCUUCCGCAUCUUCUUCAAGGUGCUCUUCCUGGUCGUGGUCAUCGCGGGUGCGCACGGCUUGUGGUUGCUGCCCACCAUCCUCUCACUGGCGCGGAAGACGGUGGAAGACGGUGGAAGACUGGGGUUGGAGAACAGAGGAAAAGGCUUUGAAGAAGCAUUGCAACAACCAAUGCUCAACAAAGAUGCCAGGUCGGUGGCUCCAAGGCGACCUCAGAGCUCCUGGGACGAACGGAGCGACGCGGACGUCUUCUCGUCAUUCCUUUGGGAAAACCGAGACUUCAGGCCUCUCGCAUUGCUGCUGAGGAAGCAGCCUAGAGGUGCCGUCGAGCGGUGCCUGGAGAACUUCUUCGAGAGAGUGGGUCGUGCCGUCGGGACCCAUCCGAUCAAGAGCUUGGUGGGAAGCUUGGUCUUCGUGGUCGCCUGCGGUGGGGGCUUUGCCUUCCUGAGCAGCGAGACCCGCCCAGAGAAGCAGUGGGUGCCUGCAGGAUCUUUAGCGCUGGAGCACAAUGACUAUGUCUCCAGCACUUGGCCCGGCAACGCGCGCUUCAACUUCUUUUCCGCGACCUGUGCGGACGUCAGCGAAGAGCAGUGUGACAUCUUGCAACCCAAGUACCUGCAACGCUUCCAUGCGAUCAACGAGCAGGUGAAGAAGAUCGUCAUUGAUGGUGCGGACAUUGUCAAGGAUUUGGAUGAGCAGCACAAACGAUCGGAAGGAGACGUCCGACCCUGGACCAUCUACAGCGGAAACUGGAGUUUCAACGGCGACCCACAGAGUGUGAAUGGCUCAGUGGUCUUUAAUGGUCGCAAGUGCUACUCCUUUGGCCCUUUCUGUGGAAAGUCCACGGUGUUGGAUGUGUUUAGGGAUGAUGACUAUAUCAUCUCCAACUUGACGAGCGAUCAAGUGAAGUUGGCCGUGAACAGCUGGGAGGCUCAGGAGACGAUGUGCCCUUUGACCUUGGCGACCAGCGACUCUCCUUGCCACGACAGCAACUGCCGGAGAUAUCAGACGACCUCCGAGCGACAACUGUGCCGUGCGACGGCUACCAGCUACUGCCAGAGCAAGUGCCCCACCAUGACGAUGAUGGUGAACGGAGAGGAAGUCACCAUCCCUGUCGACAUGGCCGGCUGUCAGGAUCGCGGCUGCAUCCAGUUGGGUGGCUUGAGCUCCAUCAGUACCACCACAGCGAGUGGGAUGCUGAACACUGAUCCCGGCGAUGCGCCCGAGAGCGCCUUCGAGUUUCAGCCGACGAAGAUCAAGACCAUGGUGGGAGGAUUAGCCUCCGAUGCUACGUGGGAGUAUGCCAGCGGAAAGCACAUCGCAGGCUUUUGGGCUUUGAACAAGCAGGAACUCUAUUGCCCGACGGCCGGUGUCAGCGACCCAGUAGCCGACGAGUGGGAGCGCCGGGUGCUGUGCUUGAUGGGCAUUGAUGCAGAUCCGCGAGCAGAACCCAAGUUGGACUGCCAAGAGGAUGGUAUUUUGAAGUUCAGCGGCCUCUUCCAGCGGUCGCUGGGCGACGAGUUCGGCAACGCCAUCCGCGGAGAUAUCUCCAAGCUGACCGCCUCCUAUGGCGUGAUCAUCGUUUACUGCGCGAUCAUGUUGGGCAAAUGCGACGCCGUGCACAGCGGAGUGGCCAUGGCCUUCGUGGCGGUGGGCAUCGUCGGACUGACGGUGGCCUCGACCUUGGGCCUGAUGGGCUACUUCGGUGUGCCCAACGGCAACUUGAACAACAACCUCUACUUCUUGCUCUUGGGCCUGGGGGUGGAUGAUGCCUUCGUUCUGACCUCUGAGUAUUUGACUCACAAGAGAGCAUGCAAGGGCGAAGUCUCUGUGCCGGAGAUCAUCGCCCAGACGGCGCGCACCGGCGGCAUCUCGGUGCUGAUCACCUCGGCGACGGACGCCUUGGCCUUCCUGGUGGGUGCCACGACGAUCCUCCCGGCGCUCAGCUGGUUCUGCACCUACGCAGGUGUCUCCAUCGUGCUUUGCUACACCUUCCAGCUGACCGUGUUCUUGCCGUGCUUGGCCUUGAAUGCCAAACGUACUCAGGCCAGUCGCUUGGAUUGCUGCUGUUGCUUCAAGGUCAAAGAGCGAGAACUCGAGGAUCCCCAGGGAUGCUGUUGCUGUUGCCUGCCCCAGAAGGCCUUCAAGGGCGGAUUGAUCAAGAAAGGCCUCCGGACCUUCACAGAGCAAACGACCAAGCCGCUGGGCCAGGCCUUGACCUUCCUGCUCUUCGCCAUCCUCACCGGCGUCGGGAUCUUCGGCACCACGCAGAUCUACAAGGACUUCAAGCUGGAAUGGUUCAUCCCAGACUCCUCUUACGUGAACACGUUCUUCACGAUCAACAGCGAGAACUUUGCCACAGGUACGCCCAUCACCGUGAACUUCCCCGGUGACAGCUUCGAGAUGCAGAGCAACCUGCGUGAGGUCUACGGGUACUUGAACAGCACCAGCCUGAUCAACCCUGAUGUGGCGGUGGACAGCUGGUACCAGGAGUUCAUGGACUGGGCCACCGAGCCGAACCAGGUGGCCACUGCGAACGACAGCUUCUCGCCCUCGCGGAGCGGAGCGACCGCGGUCUUCACGGACCGGAACCAGUUCUACACGGCCUUGCACUUGUGGUAUCGUACCAACGUGGGGGCUCGCUACCGCAACUCCCUGCGAUGGGCUGACAAGGACUGUGAGGUGGAGAGCAGCAUGGACCAUGUGCCAGCUGGAUGCACUCCGACCGAGGGCUUGCUGGCCACGCGCUUCAAUGCUGAGCUUUCGUUGGCCGCCACCAACCGAGGCACAGACCGCUUCGACACCAUGACAAGCAUGAGAAGUGAGGUGGACCGGCUCUACACGGGUGCUUUCCCCUACAGCUUUGACUUCCUCUAUUGGGAAGAGGUGGGAAUCAUCGACGAGGAGCUCAUGAAGAACUUGGCCAUUUGCGGUGCGGUGAUUUUAGUGGUGAUCUUCGCCUUGGUGCCCAACCCGCGGAUUGCCAUUUGGGUGGUGCUGUGCGUGUGCUUGUCCAUCGUCGACACCUUGGGCUACAUGUACUUCUGGGAUGUCACCAUCAGCGGUGUGUCCACGAUCUAUGUGCUGAUUUGCGUGGGUCUCGCGGUGGACUAUGCCGCCCACAUCGCACACAUGUUUAAGGAGUCCACGGGCAGCGCACGGGAGCGUGCCAUCAACUCGGUGGAUCGGAUUGGGGUUUGUACCUUCAACGCCGUGCUCUCCACCUUGCUGGCGGUGGUGGUCGUCGGCUUCUCCGAUAGCUAUGUCUUCCGCAUCUUCUUCAAGGUGCUCUUCCUGGUCGUGACCAUUGCGGGCGCGCACGGCCUGUGGCUCUUGCCCUCCAUCCUCUCCUUGGUGGGCGGCUCGAAGCCUGCGCCCGAGCAGGAGGGCCCACGAGCUAUGGAGACGGAGCCCUCGGGGGGGCGGCCGAAGCCACGGCCCGACGCCGCUGAAGUGGCGGCCGAAGCCCGCGGAGGAAGUGACAUCCCGAGGGUGCACUCGGACGAGACGGGGAUGAUCUCCCCGAGUAUGUCUUCUACAGUCCUGGGUAUGGCUGAACAAGGCGCGAGGCCUCCGGGUCGCAAAUAUGGCGCCGCGCAAGCAGAUGGCGCCGUUUUCCGCCGGACCGUCUGGUCGCGGAUCCGCGCGUGGAGCUUAAAGGUCCCUUCAGGGCGUCGUCGUGGGCGAAGCCGGACGAUCUUUAGCCUGGGCGGACGAGUCCCACCGCGGUCCUCGCGGUGGAGCGAUCACCGCAGCGGCCUGGAGAGUCUCCAGCGCGUGGCUGCUCGGAGAGACCGAGCGCCGAGCUUUCAGGUUGCGGUGAAGCAUGCCAAGAAGAUGAAGAUGAAGAAGGAAAUAUGUUCAGCCGAAGAUGAAGUAAAGCUAGCUGAAAUGGAGUCAGAGUUGGAAGCGCUGACUAAUUUCGUCUGGGACAUUCCUGGCAACGUGAAAGACCUCAUGGAAACUGUCACCGGAAAGCAGGAGGACGAGUAUGACAGCCUUUCACAAAAUGGAUGUGGUGGUGCUACUUCAUGGACCGACCGGCUCUCGAAUGCUCUGAAGGUUACAGUACAAGGCUUUGUGACCACCGCAGCGUCUGACGUCGCAAAGAAGGCCACGAAAUCAGUUGCAAGUCUCAUUCCAUAUGCUGGUGCCGUCUUGAGCGCCGCGAUUGAACUUUUUUGGCCCAGCUCUGACAGUUCCUACGAUAUUUGGGAGCUGAUUGUUGGACAGGUGCAAGACCUCAUUGACGAAACGAUCUUGAAGAAAGAACUCAACAGCCGCCAUGCCGACCUUUGGGCAAUCAAGAGAGACCUCACGCUAUUUACGAAGAGCAGCACCAACACAGAACAAAGUAAUUUUCUCAGCAUUGCGUUGGCCAAAGUGGAAGACGUCAUGGCGCACUUGACCACAUCGUCAAAUCAUGUCCAAUAUAUUCCUUUGAGUGUUGCCGCUGCCACCCUUCACUGUAUCAUUCUGCGCCUGAGAGUCGAUGUCGGAAUGGAACUCUAUGGCAACUACGACCCAGCAUGGAAAGCUGCGCUUCAAGGUGCGGUGGCGUACUAUCAGACCUAUUUCAACUACGCCUAUGAUGAGUGGUACCAGUGGCGUCGAGAACAACUUACAACUUACUAUGAUGGAACGACCACUGGCCAAUCCCAUCGGAGAAGGCAGUGCAAAGCCAAGCUCAGCGAUAGCCACACUGGCAACAGCUACCAGGUGGAAGUGAACGAUUGGAACAAGGAUUAUUGCGAAGUAGUUACUCAAUGGCAAUACAAUCGGACAGUCAGAGAGUAUGCGCGCGAGAUCGUUACGGCCUUGCAAAACGUGAUGCAAUUGCAACGCUACAUCCCUGGCAUGGAAAGUGCUGAGAUCCAGGUGAUCCCGGCCAUUGAAUAUGUCACCCUGGGACCAUUCGCGCCUUACACACAAUUCAUCGACUAUGUGACCUACCGAGUCCGAAAUUCCGAGAUUGCUUCGACACGUCCGACAGUUUGUGGACCUGGCGACAUCACUAAGAUAACAGUUCGUUCAGGCUCUUUUGUCGACAAGAUCCAGAUCAACUAUGAGGAUGGCCAGGAAUGUGCUCAGGGUGGUUCUGGUGGAGAUGCCAGAGAGAUUGACCUUUCCAACAAGUAUGUUCAAGGAAUUUCAAAGAUGUGCUUCGAUGACUAUCAGAUGACCCACAUGAAAAUGACCCUCUCCGAUGGUUCCGAAUCAAGCUUUGGCAGCGGAUCGUGCUCUGUCAGCUCAGAUGGCACUGUCACUGGCGAUCAGAGCUAUAGGCUUGUGGGAGCUUCGAUCAUUGGAUCAUCUCGGGUGAUUCACGUUGAACCAAUGUACCGCUUCAUCGGGCUGCCAGUCUCAUCCACCAGCAAUCCUUCCAGUUUCAAUAGCGACACCAUGACGUCAGGUGAGAUACUCUAUGCAAACGACGUCUUACAGUCUGCCGACGGCACCUACACCUUCCGCGUCCAGGAAGAUGCCAACUUAGUGGUUUAUGACAGCUCGCAACGUCCCAUAUGGGCCUCGAAAGAUGUGGCACCAAACGACUGCUCUGAUCCAUCCACACUGCAACUUCGGCUUCAAACCAAUGAUGGCAACUUGGUGCUCUACUGUGGCGACGCUCCCUUGUGGGCCUCCAAAACAGUUGCGUCAAGCAGCAUUUGCCGAGUUUUGGCUAUGCAGAAUGAUGGCCAAUUAGCCAUGUACAACGUUGGCAACCAGGUUGGUGUUUGGUCUUCCUUGGGGUCGAUUCCGAUUGGAUUUGGGCCAUUCCAGUUGACAAACCCUGACAGUCUCGCAAUGGGACAGCGCUUGGUGCGGAACUUCUAUGGAACAGACAAAUCAUUUGAAUUCCUCAUCGAAGAUGGACAACCUGUGGUGAAACAGUGGCAGCAAACCACCACCGUUUGGAGCGCUGGUAGCAGUUGCAGCACAACCAGUGAAGCACACCUCACACUACAGGAAGAUGGCAACCUAGUGUUGAUUUGUGACAAGACCGAGACCAACUCCAGGCCAUGGGCAACAAACACCGAGGACCCAUCCCUCAAGAAGUUGAGUGGCAUGAACAAGCUCAUCUUGGACGCAGAUGGUGCAUUGAGGCUCAUCAACAAAAGAGGUGCGACCACCUGGACGUCAGCAGGUGAAGAAUACAGGUACUUUCCUUGA